UGGUGGUCCUCCAUCCUCAAUUCUGAUUGGUCAAUGACGUUUUAGUUUUCCUUUCGUCAAAGAUGAUUAAUCGAAAAAAUAUGGAUGUGGAUGUUUCUGAAUAAUAAUUCAUCAUUCAUUCAUUCAUUCAUUCAUGUGAACACAAUCUAGUUUUUCUUAUCUUCACAUUACAUUCAUUGAUUGAAUCUAGACCACGACGACGACCUUGUCAUCACAUUCUAUCAUAUCUCAUCACUUCACUCUUCCGUGUGGUGUUGCAUCUUUAGACAAUAUCAUACCUUGAACUUCCAUUUGGACAAACACUACCCCACCAUAUUCUUCUCGUGCUAUCAAAGAAAUUAAAAGUCUCCUACCUUUCGUCGUUCAAGCUGAGUUUGAACCUCGAACAUUCCGGGCCCAAGUACAAGCCUUACGAAAUAGUCUCCUAGCGAUCCAUACAUUUCUCCUGGAUCACUACCAACCCUCACUUCAGUGUUUCCCUAAACCACCUACCGUCAUUUCACCAUGCCCACCAUGGCGACACAAUCUUACCCAGAGGGCAGAGUCCUCGUCAUUAUGACAGGAGGUACCAUUUGCAUGAAAUCUUCACCGGAAGGCUUGGUUCCAGCAAGAGGGUUCCUCAAGGAAGGAAUGGCUACGAGACCAUCAUUCAACGACGGCUCAAAUCCAGAUCCUAUGCCGGUUAUGACCACAAGCACUACAGAAGAAUAUUUACCCAGUUUACGUACUCCUCCAAGCACGUAUUCUCGACAUGUUCGGUAUACCUUGUACGAGUUUCCCGUCUUACUAGAUUCUUCAUCAAUAUCUUCAAAUGGUUGGACACAAAUAGCUACUACGAUUGAAAGAAAUUAUCAUUUAUUUGAUGGUUUCGUUGUUCUUCAUGGUACAGAUAGUUUGGCAUACACGAGUUCAGCUUUAUCUUUCAUGCUGUCCCAUCUUGGAAAACCUGUUAUUCUUACAGGAUCUCAAGCUUCAAUCUUUGCUCUUCAAUCUGAUGCCGUGGAUAACCUUCUUGGAUCACUAAUCAUAGCCGGAACUUUUAUGAUCCCGGAAGUAUGUCUUUUCUUUCAUCACAAUUUGUUCCGUGGAAAUCGCACUACCAAAGUUUCUGCUACCUCCUUUGAUGCUUUUGCUUCACCAAAUUGUGAACCUUUAGCAAAAGUGACUGCUUUAGGAGCAACAGUCAAUUGGAAUCUCGUUCGUCGUCCACGAUCGAUUGCCAAAUUCGGAGUACAAUUAAAUCUUGAUACUUCCCACGUAGCAUGUCUUCGUAUCUUCCCUGGUAUCAAACCAGAAAUGAUUGAUGCCGUCCUUCGUAUUCCAAAUCUCCGCGGACUUAUUCUCGAAACUUUCGGUGCCGGUAACGCACCCAGUGGAGAUGAUGGAAGUAUGAUCAAGAUCAUGAAAGAGGCAUGUGAGAGAGGUGUGAUCAUAGUCAACGUAUCACAAUGCCACUCUGGCUCCGUCUCCCCGCUGUACGCACCAGCCACCAUUUUAGGCAGAGCAGGUGUAGUUUUCGGUCACGACUUGACAACUGAAGCUGCCCUGACUAAACUUUUAUUCCUCCUUGCUCUUCCUGAUCUUUCAUACGACGACGUUACCAUGCAAAUGCAAUGUUCCAUUCGUGGAGAAAUGACUGAGGAAGGUAGCACAGCUUUUUCACAUCCACCAACCGAAGUCGCAGUUACAGCUCAACAACAUGCUUUUACGGGAUUGGGAUACGCAAUUGAAAAGGGUGAUACGAAUGCCAUCAUCAAUAUCCUCGACCACGAUCGAGCUGGUCUUCUUCAAACAACGGAUUACGUAGGAAAUACCGCUUUACAUUUGGGGGCUGUAGGUCCUUCAGUAGACUUGUUGAGAGAAUUACUCAAGCGCGGCGCAAGCGUACAUGCCCGUAAUAAAGCAGGGAAUACCCCGUUGUUUCUGGCGAGGAAGGGCGGUGAAAAGCAGAAGGAACAUGUGAGGGCUUUGGAGGAGGCGGGGGGUCAUUUGUGGGUGGAGGAGAGAGAGGAGGUUGUAGGGUGA